AUGUCAGACAACGAGCAUGAGCGUAAACGUCGUCGUCUCGGCGCAGCAGCCACGCUGUCGAAGCCAUUCAAAUCGCCAUUGCGCGCAGGAGUCGCGUCGUCUAUCCCGCCCUCACCUCCAGAGACAAUCAUGACUCCCAGACGUGCCCCCGAGCCAGCCCCAAAAACCCCUGCACCCAAUGCCGACCAAGGGCUAUUCAUAUCUUCUCCAAGCCUUCCCAUCCCCCUACGUCUUGUCGCGCCAGCAAGAUCACAAUACUCAGACCCAGAACUGCUUGACCUACAGAAGCGGUAUCGCACUCUGUCCUCGCAGCGUGCCAUGAAAGCAAAGACACUCGAGGCGGCACAACAAGCUUUGCGAAUCGAAUCGUCAAGUAACGAUGCUGACCUGGAGGCUUUGAUCACCAAGUGGCGUCUGAUAAGCCAGGAAGCUGCCGAGGAAGUUUUCGGCGGUGCCCGCGAGCGCGUGGCUCGCAUGGGUGGAAUGAAAGCCUGGAGAGAGCGCUCGAAACAAGAUGCCACGCGAUGGGAAUCGGAGAAUCAGGGUCAAGACCAGGACCGGGCCUACAUGUAUGAUGAAGACAUGGACCAUCACCUUGACACUCCGAACCACCUGCUGGAAGAAAAUAGCUCGGCGAAGCAAGACGAGGAGGCUCCGGAGGCGAGGACCCUCCCAUUUGAUAUGUUACUACAGCUAAUCCGGUUCCUACAGGAGUUUACUAUGGAGUUCAUGCUCAAGACGCUCAACAUUGAGCACAAGACCAUCGGGUUCGAUGCAGUUAUGGGGAAGUGGAUUCGGAACUGA